UUAUAUUUUCCUGUUAUUUUUUGUUGUCCAAUUUUAUUACACAUUCAAGUAACAGGAUCGAGACUGUAAACUAAAUUUAAGCAAGAUGCCUUAUCUGUACGGAAUAGCGGACACCAAGUUCCUGGUGAAGAAGGUCAAAACGAGGGCUAAGGCUCGGUCAGAAAUGGCGCCCACCAAAUUCCGGCGGAACGCUUUUCUCCAGGGCUGUCCCAAAUACAAUAAGGACGAUGUACCCAUUCAGUUCAGGACAUCGCCCGAUUCACUUGUAGAACUGUGCUCCAUUGUGGUGGACAAGCUCCCGUUGCCUUCAAUUUUCGAGUGGGAUGACAUGGACAUUAGGCGUUGGAUUAAUGGUUACGGCUAUCCUCAGUAUAUGAACACCUUUCGUGUGAACAUGAUCUUGGGUCGAAAGCUGCUCCUGCUGGACGCCUCCGCUCUGUGUGCGAUGAACAUCAAGAACUUCGAGCACAUCCAGCACAUCACGUACGGCAUCCGGAUGUUGUUCCACUUCGAGCUGACCAAGUUCUCCUCCAGCAUCUCGCUGCCGGACGAGAAACCCAACGAGCUGUACCUGCUGUUCCACGCGCAGACUGGGAUGAACUAUGACAAGGUGCGCAGAUCGGAUCUGUACCGGCGCAUGCAGAUCCUGCGGGAGCGGGCUCGUAACCUGGACCACUGGGAUCUGCUGUAUCUGUGGUUGCACCGCGAGCAGGAGCGCAAGUACAAGGAGCUGAUUGGUAUGGCUCCGCGGGAAAGGAUGUACAAGUGUGCUGUGGCGGUGAAGAAGCCUGUGCAGUGGCCUCCGGAAAUGGAGCCCGAGGAACUCAUGUGCAUGACGUGCAUCCCGCCGUGCGAUUGCGACUGGACGGAACGGGAUCUUCGGCUGCCGUGGCACCUCGAGUGUCUAUCCCCCGCUCUAACCAGCACCAUGAGCAAGUGGAACGCCCACCAGUCGCACUGCUCGGCCUGCAUCCCGCCCUGCGAGUGCCUCUGGCCACCGCGCUUCUACCUCACGGGCACAGUGAUCCGGUGCCUCCAGCAGCGCUUCCCGGAGAAGUUCUGCCCCAUCUUCGACGAACGAUACCGCGCCUCGCCGCGUCCCAGUCUCGUGGAGCGCUGGACCCGCUUCUCCAUUUGAGCCGGAUCAUCCUUUAUCUUUUUUCUUAUAUAGUUAAUGUUAUGAGCCUUUUUAACA